AUGACGCUCUUCAUCCUGACCGAAACCAGUGCUGGUUAUGCACUCCUCAAAGCAAAGGACAAGAAGCUUCUCAAGCGAGACGAUCUUGAGAAGGAAACUCAGACUGCAGAGGGUGUCUCAAAUCUCAUGAAGUUGAAGAACUUCCAGAAAUUCGAUAGCGCAACGACAGCUCUCGAGGAAGUCGCUUCUGUUGUCGAAGGCAAGGUUACACCGCGAUUGGCAAGUCUUCUCGAGUCCAUCAAGGAUGAGAAGAAAGUCUCCCUAGCCGUUGCAGAUCCAAAGCUCGGAAAUGCAAUUGGAAAACUUCCCGGGCUUUCCAUCCAGGCAAUUGCCGAUUCUACCACAGCCGAUCUCUACAGAGCUAUCAGAACCCACCUUCCGACGUUGAUUCCCGGCCUUCUCCCCAACGACAUCUCCACCAUGUCUCUAGGUCUCUCUCACUCCCUUGCAAGAUACAAACUUAAAUUCUCGCCGGAUAAGAUCGAUACUAUGAUUGUUCAGGCAAUCGCGCUACUGGACGACCUUGACAAGGAAUUGAACACCUACGCCAUGAGAGUGAAGGAAUGGUAUGGAUGGCAUUUCCCGGAAAUGGCGAAGAUUUUGAACGACAACAUGGCAUACGCCAAAGUCGUACUGAAGAUGGGCUUGCGUUCAAAUUCCGAUUCGGCUGACUUGUCUGAUAUCCUCCCCGAAGAAAUCGAAGGCGCAGUGAAGGCCGCCGCCAACCGGUCUAUGGGUACUGAUAUUAGCAAUGAAGAUCUGGAAAACAUUCAGUCCUUGGCAGAGCAAGUGGUCGGCUUCGCGGAUUACCGUCAACAGCUAGCAAGCUACCUGUCUGCGCGUAUGGCGGCCAUCGCUCCUAAUCUCACCUCUUUGGUGGGUGAAUUGGUCGGUGCAAGACUUAUCGCUCAUGCCGGAAGCUUGAUGAACUUGUCAAAGAGCCCUGCAAGUACAAUCCAAAUUCUUGGGGCUGAGAAGGCCCUCUUCCGCGCAUUGAAAACAAAACACGAUACUCCGAAGUAUGGUCUCAUUUACCAUGCUUCACUUAUUGGACAAGCCACCGGCAAGAACAAGGGUAAAAUGGCUCGUGUUUUGGCCGCCAAGGCUGCUCUUGGUCUCCGCGUGGAUGCUCUCGCCGACUGGGAGGCGGAUGCUGAUGGCAAUGAGCCAACUGAAGAAGAGAGAGCGGCUCUAGGCAUGGAAUCAAGAUACUACCUGGAAAAGAAAUUGGCUGCUAUGGAGGGCAAGCCGUUGAAGCCGAGAGGCGUCGCCAUUGCUCCAAACGGCAUCCCAGUUGACCAACCUAAGAAAUGGGACAUUAAAGAGGCUAGGAAGCACAAUCCUGAUGCUGAUGGCUUGGUUGGGGAUGAGCCUGCGGCAACGGAAAAAAUCAGCAAGAAGUCGAAAAAAGAGAAGAAGUUAAUACAGGAAAUCAAGGACGAGGAAAUGAAAGAUGCCGAAUCUGAGCCAGAAGACUCGGCAGAGUCCGAGAAUGAAGAUGAGAAGCCCAAGAAGUCCAAGAAGAAGGGAGAAAAAAGCAUCAAGCCCGAAGCUACUGAUGAUGUUAAAACUGAGGCACUUGCUGAAAAGGCUGGACUCAGCGUUAAGAGGUACCUAAAGAAAUUGGAACGAGGCGAAAUCAACUUCGACGAGGAUGGCAACCCAUCGUCUGUAAGCAAAAAAGAUCUCAAGAAAGCCAAAAAGGAAGCAAAGAAAGCCGCAAAAUCAGAUGAAAAGGAUGCAGGGAAAAAACGGAAGCGAGACGAAGACGAAGAAGCCGGAGAGUCGAAGAGCGAGAAAAAGAAGAAGAAGAAGAGCAAGGCGUAG